UCAGAUUCGAUGUUAAUGCAUAAUUAUACAAAAAAUAGUACCGUACGCUCUAUAGGAGAUUAUUACUGUAAUGUGUUUACUUUUGUUGAACAAUUUUUUUUUGCUGUAGUUCUGUUCAUAAUAGUGUCGUGUAUAUGUAACACGCAUUGCAAUAUUUUAUUAGGUUACGUGGGAGCUAUCGGAGAGCCAGGACCACCUGGUGAGCCUGGUCCCCGUGGAUACAAAGGAGAUGAAGGAGAACCAGGCGAUCCAGGUAAACGGGGCGAACCGGGACCACAGGGACUCACAGGAAACUUUGGUCCUAAAGGAGGCAAAGGGGCAAAGGGAGAACGUGGUCCUGUUGGUUUCUAUGGUAGCAAGGGAUCGUCAGGCCCACCCGGUAAGCCAGGACCAGACGGUAAACGAGGUUAUACAGGUGUUGUUGGGCCUCAGGGACCACAAGGAAAGACAGGAGAAACAGGCCGUAAAGGACCAAAGGGAUCUUGCUGCGCUUCACCACCAUCUGAGCCAGGUGAAAAGGGAAAACCGGGGGAUAAAGGUGAUCCAGGUGAAGUUGGGCCAAUUGGAAAGCCUGGGCCUAAAGGUGCAAAGGGAGAGCGCACUCCGUCCGUUCCUCCUCCGCCUCCGCUGACUGGUGCUCCUGGCACUUCUGGUCCACCUGGCCCAGCAGGCGCCGUCGGCCAGAAAGGUGAAAAGGGAGACGCUGGAUUGAAAGGAGAAAAAGGCAAGGAUCCUGACCCGCCUAUCAAAGGAGAUGCUGGGGAAAACGGUAAGCCCGGAAGACCUGGAAGCAGAGGCCAACCUGGCCCAUCUGGGCCAUCUGGACGCCCAGGGAAAAUCGGACGAAAAGGCGUGACUGGAAAAGUUGGGCCCGUCGGAGAACCAGGUGCACCCGGGGUACCGGGAUCCGCAGGCUCAGCCGGAGCGACAGGAGAACCGGGAAAACGUGGUAGGCAUUAGAGACUUUGUGUAUGAUAGGCCUAUAAUAAGAAAAAUGAUAAUGAUAACGAUAAUGAUAAUUAUGAUUAUGAUGAAUGAAAA